CUGGUGGACCGGGCGCUGCUGCAGGGCCAGGUGCAGGAGGGCUUCGGUUCGCUGCGGCGCUGCUACGCGCGGGGCGCAGGGCCGCAUCCCCGCCAGGCCGCCUUCCAGGGCCUCUUCCUGCUCUAUAACCUGGGCUCAGUGGAGGCCCUUCACAGUGUUCUGCAGCUGCCCGCUGCCCUGCGCUCCUGCCCAGCCCUACGCACGGCCCUGGCUGUGGACGCAGCCUUCCGGGAAGGCAAUGCUGCCCGCCUGUUCCGCCUGCUCCGGACCCUGCCGUACCUGCAGAGCUGCGCCGUGCAGUGCCAUGUGGGCCAUGCCCGCCGCAGAGCCCUGGCCUGCCUUAAUCGUGCCCUGAGCACCCCCAAGGGCCAGACCUUACCCCUGGGAUACAUGGUCCACCUGCUGGCCCUGGAUGGGCCCGAGGAGGCACGGGACCUGUGCCAGGCCCACGGGCUGCCCUUGGUUGGCCAGGACAGAGUUGUGUUCCAGAGGGGUCACUACGCUGAGGAGGGGCUGCCGCCCGCUGGGACCUGCAGAGUGUUGGUGGGAAGCAAGCUUGGCGGGCGCUCCCUGGAGGAAGUAGUCAUGGCGGAGGAGGAAGAGGUGGGUGGGGACAGGUCCAAGCCCCUUGAGUAAGGAGGGGCUGUGCCUUCUCCCUGAGCCCAGGGCCGGGUCUGAGCGCUCAGGCCCCUUGUCUCAUGAUUCCCACACAAUAAAAGGAACUGGUUUUGUAA